AUGAAUAACCCUGCUGUGGCGCGUAAAGGGAAUCCCAGUCACGAUAAAGAGGAGCCACGGGGGAUAUGCUGCACUCUGCACAAGCACCUGGACGCAAUCGCAGAUGAGCUGCAGUUCGACAUGACAGACCUUGAAACGGCUACAAUGGAUCUAAAGAUCAGCUCGGUUCGCAGCCUGGCGUUAGACUUCAAGCAGCCCUCGGCCGACUACCUGGACUUCCGGAACCGCCUGAUCCAGAACUCGGUCUGCUUGGAAAACUGCUCCCUGCAGGAGCGCUCGCUCACGGGCACCAUCAAGGUCAGGAACAUCGGGUUUGAGAAGACAGUUGCGGUGCGCGUCACCUACGACUCGUGGGUCAGCUUCACCGACAUCGACUGCACCUUCAUGAACAACGUGUACAGCUCCCAGGACAACGACACCUUCGCAUUCGUCCUGGAGCUGCCCUGCUUCAUCCCGCCGCAUAAUCGGGUGGAGUUCUGCAUCUGCUUCAAAACCCAGGGUCAGACCUUCUGGGACAAUAAUGACGGCAAGAAUUAUGCGCUCAAGCACAUCGGCUGGAACGGAGAGGACCUGAACACUCGGCCCUCCCUCGGUUCUGCUGAGCAGAAAAAGCCCCCAGAGCAGAAAAAUGAGGGGGUCAAGUUAGUGGAGCUGGAGUUCGAUCAGUUCGGCAGCCCACGCAUGUCCAGCGGACUGUUUCCCGGCUGGCAGAGCUGGGGUCAGAUCGAUAACACCGUGCCUUAUUGGUGAAACCUGCAGCAUGUUUGCUGAACUGGCAUUAAGCAGAAGAAGACAAACAGACAUUGACAGGGCGUUCAGUACGAACCAGCUGUGGUUGACUCGCAGCCAGAGACUAAACUGAAUCAUGUUCUCAACUGACCUGGUUUUUGCUGUAACGAUUGAGGACAAUGAUGAAUGAUUGAUGAAAUAUGGGUGGAGAACGACGAAUAUUUCGGGUUUCCUGUUGUAAAAUAUUCAUGUGCCUUCUCAUUGUGCCUGCCCACUAAAAUACACAUUAUUUGUACAAGCCAAGAUAAAUGGGGAGCCCCCUUUGGAGGGCCUGACGGAUUGGGUAACAUAAGCACUGAUUGAGAUGUCCCUAAUAAUGUGAUAUCUGUAAAUGGAGCUGAUCCAGUCCUUCAUAUUGAAGGGGGAGCGCAUGGCGCAACUAUGCUUCUCUACUACAGAAAACACAGUUGAUUCGUUGCUAAUGAAAAAUGCACACUAAACUAAACGUUUGGACAUUAAAAAUGGCUAAACUGUAAUAUUUAAGUCAUGCCCUUUUCUUUCCCUCCGUGUAAAUUGCACAUAUUUGUCUGCUAAAGCGUUUGAGUGGUAAUAUGAUGGAAGUGAGCUGCUAUUGUGUGUCAAGAAAGGUCGCUGCAUGUGAGUGGUUGCUUCGAACUGGGAAGAAGUUUGGAAACGUCUGUGGUUCUGGUAUGUUAAGAAAGAGAUGAUGUAAGAGCGAAUGUUUGCUUUUAGAAGUGCAAUUCUCGAAGAUGAGUGUACAGUACGUGUGGCUGGAAGCAAGAAUUUUCUGUUUCGAAACAGCUUAUGUGUUUUCUUCGCUGAAGAAAGCUCUGUGCCCGGCAUUCUGUGUAUCACUUGAAGGCGUGCGCCGCCGACGCGCGCCACGUCGUUAUGUAUUUCCUUUAUGAAAUAAAUUUCUAUAUUUGUGCUAAAA